AGGCAGGAAGUUGCGAAAACGAAAACCGUUUUAACAUUUUAGACGGUUUGACAUUAUUGUGGACUACAUUAUCUCAUUCAGAAUAAAUUUAAAUGAGGCAAAAUAAGAUAAGAGCAACUUUAUACACGUUUCUUAUAAAAUAACUGCACAUUUUUUGUGCCUCUCUUCUGCCUCCUACCCACUGGAUGCCGGGUGUGUGUAAAGGAUUUUGCCACGUUGCCGUGGACAACAGAAGUUAAAGCCUCUCUCUCAGACUCGCAGAGGAUGCAGUCAGUCUACAGCCGGUGGAGGACACAGGGCGACUCUGAGCUGUCACGCUGACAGUUUUGAGUUCCCGCUUUCUGUGAGGAGGAGAUUCUUCAGACUGAAAGAUGUUGACAGACAUGAUUUUGGAGGAAGAGUUUGAGAAGAAGGGGGAUUCCUGGUACAACCAGCAGGACCUUGAGGACGAUCUCCAUCUGGCAGCAGAGCUGGGCAAAACUCUCCUGGACAGGAACCAUGACCUGGAGCAGGCCUUGCAGCAGAUGUAUUCUACCAACCAGGAGCAGCUGCAGGAGAUCGAGUACCUGACCAAACAGGUGGAGCUGCUGCGUCAGAUGAACGAUCAACACGCCAAACUGUACGAGCAGCUGGACAUGGCCGCCAGGGAUGUGGAGGAAAGCAAUCACAGGCUGGUGCAGGACAACCGCCUGGCCCAAACCAAGAUCAACAGUUUAACAGAUAUGAUCGAAGCCCUUCAGACCCUCAUAGAGGACCUGCAGACCCAGAUGGACGAGCUGAAGGCGGCUCAGGCGGAGCGAAACAAGAGAGAGCUGGCAGAGCAGCGGCGUGGUUUCAGUGCACAGAGUGUGUCCUGUCUCAAGGAGCUGUAUGACCUCCAGCGGGACAGGUAUCUGACUCAAAACGAUGGACUGUGGUCGCCUCAGAGCUUCCUCUGUGACAGAGACAGAUGUCUGGACCCGGAGGAGGAGAACCAAGCUCUGCAGCGUUCCAUCCAAGCCCUCCAGAGGCAGAUCGCCACCGAGCAGAGCCGAAGGGAGGCUGUGGAGCGAGAGAUCGAGUUCACGUCCAGGGAGAACAGAGGCCUGGAGCAGCGACUGGCCCAGCUGGAGGGCUGCUGGACCCGGCAGACUGAGCUGGAGGAGGAAGUGGAGCAGCUGCGGGUUCUGUGGCGAGCCAACAGUGCGAGGAGACCGAGCCAGCUGCUGUUGCCCGAAACCGUGUUUUUUGCCUCCGAAGAGAGACAGAGUGAGGCAGACGAGACAUCGGAGAAGGAAGAGGAGCAGACGAGGCGAAGCCGACAGAGGUGUCACAGCGACAGCGUUUUAAAGGCCACGAACACGGAUGAGCUCCGUCGCGGUCAUGAGCAGCUGUGCAUCAGGCGGGCGGAAGCAGUGAAACAGAGAGGUAUCUCUCUGCUCAAUGAGGUGGAUGCACAGUACGGUGCCCUCCAGGUAAAAUAUGAGGAGCUGCUGCAGCGUUACCAUAAUCUAACAGAUGGACUGAGCCACAAUGCUGUCCAGACCUCCAGCGGUUCCUUUGCCACCGCCUGGGUGCGCCGCCGCCUCUCCAGCUCAGCUGCGACAUCCGAUAUAAAGGCUCUUCCUGAAGACGGCCACCAGCCCGAGUACAAGGUUCUGUUCAAGGAGAUCUUCACCCGCAUCCAAAAGACUAAAGAGGACCUCAGCGAUGACAGGCUCCCAGCACGCAACAAUGAUUCUGCAGAAUGAACUUCACGCAUUCAUCUUCCCUGGAUUUGCUUUGAUUUCUGUUCAGGAGAUGCACUGAGGCUGCUUUUCUGUAAUGCUUUACAGAGGGUGCACAAGCUACAUGUUUUACACUUUUGUUAGUUUGCACAGUUUGUUUUUAUUCUGUCCUGAUGGGGGGAAAAAUGGUUGGUUUAAAAGAACAAAAAAUCUAAUGGUUAUGUUUUAUACAAAACUGAAAACAAUAUAGAAGAAUAUGGUAUAUAAUGAAAUUAUGUUUGUGGAGAAAUUUAAAACUACAUUUCAGUGCAACAGUCCAGAAGUAUUAUUGUUUUCUGCUGUAUUUAUGUAAUAUGAACUGACUUGAUCGUUUUGGUGUUUGGAGUAGAAAGGUUUACAUGUUGCUACAGCUUAUGGAUGCAUUGUGUAAGUAGAUAUGUUGCCUAAGGACGAAAAAGUGUAGAAAUGUAAUCAGAGGUUUCUAAAAGUUGAAAUACUGGCUGGUUUUACGAAAGUCUGUGAUGGUUUGGUUGCUAAACCUUUGAUGGGGUGUUAAUGUAAAGCAUUUAGGGCGAAAAUCUUUUUUUUGUCCAUUUCUUAUCGAUAGCAACAUUUUUUGCUCAACUACAAGAUGCAAAAGCUUUGCACAACUUCUGUUUACUUAUUACCAAAUGUAUUUUCUUUGUAUGUAACUAAUUAAAUGAGUCAGUGUAGCAGCACUGUGUUGUAAAUGUAUGUUAUUUAAAAAAUAUAAGCUAAUUUUGUUCUAAUCUGCAGGAUGAUUCUAGCAAAAAUACAUGAAUUGUAAAUGUUCAGAACCUCAGCUGUUGAAAAACUGAAAUCAGAAAAAUUAUCUCUCAUAGUUAAUGUUUUUGCCCUCUCAUUACGUGUUUUGUUAGAAAAUAAAACUAUUUGGCAUGUAGCAA